AUGAUUGCCUUCAAGCCGCAGCCCAACGACGCCUCGGCGCGGACGCGCGGGCAGGCAGUGCGUGAGCCGUCAGCCUCGCGCGUCGUGGCACGGCCGAUGCCCGAAUCGCAGGCUCAGGAUCCGCGCGGAUACCAGAUGGAGCAGCUGAGGAAGCGAUUCGCACCUCAAGAGGCCACUGCCGACGACGGCGCCACCUCGUUCCUCUUCAAGCUCCGCCCUUCUGACCCGGAUUUUCCCUUUGAGCUGGCCUAUCUUGACUGCGACCUGCGCGUCCCCGAGCCCUAUCCGGAGCAGCGGCCCGAGCUGCGCGUCAGGAACAGCAACAUCCCGAGGGGCUUUGGCAUCAAUAUCGAGCGUGGAUGGCAGAGGCUCGCCGACGAGAGACGAGACGCUACGCUCCUGGCACUUGUUCACGCGCUGGAUAAAAACCUCGAGAGCUUCCUGUCUGAGCAAAAGGCGGAAACGGUCAAAUUCGUCGCCUUCAAGGACACGAGGCACCUUGCGCUGAGGCAGACCGAAGAGCCAACGCCCGCUACGUCCGAACAGCCCAAGCCAGCGCCCGAGAAACCGCCACCAUCCAAGCCGUACAUGGCCCUAGAAUCCUUCACGAGGGACCAAGUCGCCGCGGCCAAGGCUCGGAGGGCUCAGGAGGUGCGCCAACUCGAGGCGCGCAUGGGCAGACUGCCUCGGUUUCGGCGGUCGGCCGACGGCGUCGUCUUCACCGUACCCAUCGAGCCCAAGCGGCGGUCUGAGCUCUGCACAGGGCUCCGAUCCGUCAACAGCAUGCAUCUCAUUGUGCCGCUGCUGUAUCCGCUUCAGCAGCUGCGCAUCCAGCUGAACGAGGCCGACGCAGCCGACGCAGACCCCGUAGAGGAGCUGUUUGCGGACAAGGCAGUCGAGCAGAAGCACAUGUCACUGACCAGCCACGUCAACUAUCUCGUUCAGAAUCUCGUCGUUCUGGACAAGCAAGCCCAGGCUUCGGCACUAGAGGCCGAGGAGCUGAUAGUGCCGCAGCCGCCCCAAGGAGCUCCGGUCGCCGCAGCUCCCGGACCGUCGGGUCACGCGACUUCUGAAAUCAAGAGCCACGUUAAAGUCAUCCCGCGGCCUCCAGAAUGGAGCGUCUGUCACGAGGGUGACGAAUCUGAUGAGAGCUCUUCCGAUACGGAAGAAGAAGACGAGCCCGAGGGAGGCGUCAUGCUGCAGGACGCGGAAGCGGCGCUCGCCGAGAAUGCCAAAGGAAAUGAUGGGGCGCAAAGAGGGACCAUGGUGACGCUGCCGUCGGUCGAUCUGCACGGGAUCGAGCUGCUUCAAAUCUCCAUCCUCAGCAUCAGUGUCAAAUGCGGACGAUGCAAGACGACCAACGAGCUGACGGGCCUCAAGCCUGGGGCGGACAGGAUGUCGAGCUGCAGCAAGUGCGCGACGCCGCUGGGGGCCAGCUUCAGCCCGGAGCUGGUCCACGCCCACUCGACGCUGGCCGGCUUCGUCGACGUGACGGGCGCCAAGGUGGCCGACAUGCUGCCGAGCACGUUUGUGCCGACGUGCGGGCGGUGCUCGACGGCGAGCCCGGGCCUGGUGUCUGUCAGGGGCGAGACGGUGACCAACGUAUGCCGCGAGUGCCACGCCAAGUUCACCUUUAAAGUGCCCGAGGUCAAGUUCCUCGCCGUCUCGCCCGGGCCGGACCCGGCGUCUGUGGGGCCGCGACAACGGCGGUCGGACAAGAAGCAGCUAGGCCUCCACGCCGGCGAGCAGCUGCCGGACCGAGGCGCGUGCCGCCAUUACCGCAAGUCGUACCGGUGGUUCCGCUUCUCCUGCUGCCAGCGGGUGCACGCGUGCGACCGGUGCCACGAUGAGGCCGAGGACCACGCCAACGAGUGGGCGAGUCGCAUGAUCUGCGGGUGGUGCAGCCGCGAACAGCGCUUCGCCGUUGAGGCCUGCGGCUUCUGCGGCCGGGCCGUCGUCGGCCGCAAGGGCAGUGGGUUCUGGGAGGGCGGCAAGGGGACGAGGGACCAGCGGAUGAUGAGUAGGAAGGAUCCGCGCAAGCACAAGAGGCUGGGCGGGUCGCAGGCCGCCGCCAGCAACAAGUAG